UGAAGCGUUCAAUGGACAUUGAUCACGAAGUGAAACAGAAAGUAGAAAUGGUUACGCAUGUGUUGUGAAACAUGCCUCAAUAUUAUUUAUUAAUAUUUAUUAUGUAAGUAGCAGUUGCUACAGUAUAUUUAUAUAUAUUGUAUAUUGAAUAUAGUUUUGUUAAAAUGUCUUUGAAAGCCAACGAUCUAUUUGGGGGUGCGCUUAGUGUUCUACUUCCAAGCAACGCCAAGGAUAUUAGUGAUCUACGACAGAUUCCUGAUAACCAAGAAGUGUUUGCACACCCAGUUACUGACCAAAGCAUCAUCAUUGAAAUCCUGGAAUAUGUGGAUAAAGAUGACGACGAGGCCAUUAGAACACACUUCAGUGACCUGGCUUCGGACAAUGAUGUCCAGAGUGGAGAUGCCAUCAUUGCACAGACUGAAAAGAUCCCAGACACUGAUCUGAAAAUGACCCAGUGUGACAAUGCAUACUAUAUUCUUGGACAGCAAAAUGUCUCCAAGUUUAACGAGGCAGCCAAGAACACAGUGGACAUGCAUAUUGGUCUGUUUCGUAUUUCCAAAUUUACCACGGACAUUUUGGUGACCUUCAAUAAUCCUUCAAACAUCAACCCAGAGAGCAGUAGCCACAAGCCGGUCCCUGUCAGUGCCGACCCUUGGACCCUCCAGGAUUUCAGACAGAUUCUGACCUCUCUUGCUAUCGUAGAUGAGGGAAUAUUCGGCCAGUGAAAGUCUCCAUACUUGAACUCCAUGAGACAUUUGAUACUUACUGUUGUGUUGUCAGGUAUAUGAGGUGGAUGAUCAGUUGUGAGUGAGAGCUCACUUGUACAGAGAAACAACAAAUUGAUUGUGUAACACCUUGAAUGACAAAACCCAUUCAAUCGAUAUGGGUCACUUGAAGGGUUUUUCUAAUGUCUUAAUCAUUAAUUAUGCAAACAAGAUACUUUUUUGAAUUUUGGAUGCAUGGAAAUUUACUUUCAAAGGGUCCAGUAUUUCAGAUGUUUUGUUCAUCGUGUGUACAUACAAAACAUGAUUCUGGGAGGUGUUAUGAGAACUCAGUUUUGUCCACCCAAACAUGUAGCAUGUUAAGGAAAAGUAUAGCAGGUUUAUAAACAUCUAUAAGAAUGGAAGGUGCUUUCUAUUAUUUGGUGUCAUUUACACUAGGGGUACUGAGGGGUACUGGGACUAUGCUUGACCUCUAGUGAACUCAUCCAGCUUGAUGUUGAUUGGUCAUUAAUGAGGAUAUUGUACGUGAAGUAUAUAUUGUAAAGUUAAUUGUACUAAAGUCUUUGCCUUGUAAUGACAUUCGGUUAUUGUUAUAAAGACAAUACAUUAAAUAAAAAAAUAUCAAACCAUUA